UGUAUUGUUAUACGUAUAUAUAUAUACUUACUAAUUAUAAUUAUGGCUGAUGAAAAAUUCGUAAAAACAGUACAAAGUACAUUUUCUUUAUAUGGACUUGUGCUUUCAAGGAAACUCAGUAUUUCACUUGCUAAAGAACUUUUAAAUGUAGAACAAGAUGAACGUGAAAUUUGGCUUACACGAAUAGUGGAACAAGUUUUAACUCAAAAUUUAAGUGAUCCGCAUGUAACAGUUGAAAAUCUAAAAUCAGCAAUACAAGAACAGAUAAGACCUGAUACACUGAAAAAUACAGAAACUGUCAUAAAUGUUAUUGAUGUAUUUGAUGUACCAAAAGUUAAAUAUGACUUGUCCAAAAAAAAAUAUGUUUUGACAACUGUAAUAUCAGAUGUGUAUCCUGAAGCAGAAUAUAAAUCUGCAAUUUUUAAGGACCGAUUUAAUUUACUUUGGUAUAGAACUUUGAGACACGAAUUAUUCACUCCACCUAAACUUGGUGAAAAGAAAACAGAUUGGAUCGAAUUAGUACCAAUUGAAUAUUUACUAAGUGAAAGCAAAAAAGGAACUGUUUAUGUAAUGGGUCUUUUAACACAAUUAACAGAGGGACAAUAUUAUUUGGAGGACACAGGAGGAACCAUAAAAGUUGAUCUACAAGGAGCAAAUUUUCAGGAUGGCUUAAUUAUGGAAGCUUCUAUAGUAAUAGCUAGUGGAGAGUAUAGAGAUGGCAUUUUACAUGUGGAGGAUUUAGGUUUUCCACCAGCAGAAUCAUCUAAUAAUGCACGCUCAGAUUUUGGCAAUACCAAUACAUUCGGUGGUUCACACAAUCUUUCCUUAAAAUAUUCAGAAAAACUAAAAUCUCAUGAAGAAACUAACAAAGAUGGAAUGAUUGUCUUUGUGUCCGAUAUGUGGUUAGAUGAUUUAACUACUUUACAUAAAUUCAAAACUAUGUUAGAGGGAUAUUCAGAAUAUCCACCUAUUGCUUUUGUAUUGUGCGGGCGGUUUUUAAGUUUUCCGACAAAUAUAUCUAGCACACAGAAAUUAAAAGAGGGACUAAAAGAUCUUACUGAUAUCAUAAUGCAAUAUUCAAAUAUAAAAGAAACUUCUAAAUUUAUUUUUGUUCCUGCAUCAGAUGAUGUAGGAGCACCAAAAAUUUUACCAAGAUCACCACUUCCAAAGCAUCUGACAGAAUAUUUUAAAAAGAAUAUACCUGGAGCGAUAUUUGCCACCAAUCCAUGUAGAAUUCAGUAUUGUACAAAAGAGAUUGUAGUAUUCAGAGAAGAUAUUUUAUCGAAAAUGUGUAGAAAUACACUUCUAUUUCCACAAACAGGAAAUAUCUAUGAUCAUUAUGCUAAAUCAAUUAUCUGCCAAUCACAUUUGACCCCUUUAAGUCUAUCGAUCAUUCCUACAUAUUGGAAUUACGAUCACGCGUUACAGUUAUAUCCUACUCCGGACCUCAUUGUAUCCGCAGACAAAUAUGAGGCCUAUGAGACCACGUACUCUAAUUGUCAUAUUAUCAACCCUGGAUUAUUUCCAAAGAACGAUCAUUCGUUUAAAGUAUACGUUCCAGCACUAGAUUUAAUCGAACAUUGUGCUAUUCCUAAAGAUAUGGAUGAUGUUUGA